AUGGGGGAUUCCAUAGAGUCUCCAUCUUAAAGGCACAUAAAGUAAGGGAAAGGACCUAAGAAUUCAGUUCACUUUCAAGAUAUCAGUUAAAUACACAAGAAGGACAGAAGCAAAAUAUUAUAAAAUGACACAGACAAAUUUAAGUACUUAUUCCAAAUCCCAAACAUCAUUUCUGAUCCUAAGUUAGUAUAGCGAAGGAAGACUUUUGAGACGUUCACGAAGAAUGCCAACUUAGAUUUAUAUUAUAUGCACUUGAAGAAGGCAUCAGGCAUAGCAAGGAGCAUAUCUUAAAAGGCAGAUUAUAAGGAGGUGAUAGCGAAAAUACACAACAAUAAGAUGUAAGACUAAUUCGUACAUAAAUUGCACAAGAACAAAGGAUUCAUAUUGACAAAUGAGUUGUGGUCAAAUAAAUUAGUAAGUUAAGUGUCUGAUCAAUCGAGACUCAAAGAGUUGUCAUAAAUGUUGCAAUUGCAGAAGAUUAAGUUGAAUUCUGAAGAACAAUUGUAGAACUAUGAGCAAUACUUUAAGCAGUUUGUGAAAUCAAAAUGUCAGAAUGAAAUGGAAGUAAGAAGAGGAGAGGUGUCGAAAGCAUUCAAUGACCUAGACGAUUAAGCGACUCUGGAUUAGACAUAUAAGGAUAGCCGUGUCCUUUCGAGAAAUCAAAGUGUUCCGAUGAAGUAGACAGAUCAAAGCUUUUUCUCUAGGGAGAUAAUGACAGCAUAGGUGAGUAAGAAGAGAGGGGUUAAUUCUUAGCAUAGUUCAAUUAAAUUGGCUGAGUUGCUUAAGCAAUCAAAUGAUGAAAUACAUUCGACUUAGGAGGUGGUAAUAAAAUUGAGGAGAUUCACAAGGGAGGAAGCAGAUUUGUAAGACAAACCCAAGAAGAUUAGAAUACGGAGAUUGUUUGCUGAGCAACUCAAUAAUGUAAUUAAGAAUUCAAAGAAAAUAAAUUGA